AUGCACAAUGGUUAUUCUGUUACAAGAAAACAAAACUGUGUUGUCAUCUUCUUGGCUUUACACAUUAUCAUGCAAUCCCAUCUUGAAGCUGGAGGCAUGAGGAGGCCGUGGAAUUAUCAAGGUGAUCGAGCGGGACCCAGUUCUAGAGGGGGAGGGAGAAUCCGGGGUAUUCGGGCAAGGCGCCAUGUACCCUACUCGGCUCGCCACAACCGACCAUGGGGAGCAAAAAUCUCCUCAUAUCAUAGCCCUGAGGAGUGUAAUCAAGAGUCCUCGGAUGAUUCCACACAGCCCCCAAGCCCCCCACCAUCCACCAACCCAAUUCCCACACCAGCGCCUAUUCGAGAACCCUCACCGGUGCGGGAACAAUCACCUACUAGAGAAGCCCCAAGAUUGGAAGACGAGGUUCUACCCCAAACUGGUGGGUGUUUUUUAUAUACAUGUUUAAUGCAUUGA